AUGCCAGCUCGAACCAGACCAAUUGAUAAAUUUGCACAAGCUGUUGCCAAAUGCUCCACUGAGGCAUCAGUAUAUGGCAAAUGCAUUGUGGCGGAUUACAAUUCAGUUCAUAAGGACAAAUGUCUCACUGAAUUCAUGCGUCUGAAGGAUUGCUACAUGGCCGCUGCCAAGAAGUAA